CUCACCUCCCAAUGAUCGCCUUGACCGUGUCCGAACCAGAUUCUGGUUGCGCAUGUGGGAUUUUUCUCUUCGUGGUGUGUGUCGCGUGCCUCCAUCAAGGUCGUCUUGACUCUCGAGAUCAUCCACACAAACGGUGGGCAAUCGAUGCAUAUUGGUGGAUCGCCGUCGCCCGUGUACCUCCACUACGGUACUGUGAGCAUGACAUGCAGCAACGAUGGCAGGCUGGUCGGGCGAGGGAGAAAAAAAAGAGAGAGGUAAUGGUAAGGAUAGUUAUGAUUAUACCCAGGCAAGAUGUACUGCCCACGCACAUAUAUACUCAAACAGUCAGUCCAUCUUCGCAUCUCCAUCAUUUAUUAUAUCCGCUCGUGAAUCAUCCUCCUUUCUCUGUAUCUCGCUUCAUCUACUCGCCGCCGAGAAACGCUGCUCUGCUACACUACACGGGCUGUCACCACCGUUACUAGCGACAGGGAGAACAAAAGCAAUUCCUCCGUCGCCUCCUCACAACCUCUCACCGAGCGCUUUCUACUCAGCUCGGCAGUCCUACCUGCUCAGCGCAUUUGUCUUCACCAGCGACACCAUCAUACCGCCUGGACGGCAUCGUGUUGCCUCUUCUCCGCCAGCUGGUGGUUAUAGCGCUAUUGAGCGGUGGGAACGACUCUUCUCCACACAGCUUUUUUGUCCGCAGCCCGCCCGUACCUGCGUCGCUGACGUAGCCGACCUCGAAAUAACGCCAGCAUCGAACUAGGCAGGAAACACCAGCGAUUCGCACAAAACCAUCUUCGGCUUCCUUUCUAGGUCUCUGGCGCCUGAGAACGUGGGUCUCUGGGCAAUUUCUACCGGAGACGGCUACGUGGGUAGUCUGGGUGCGAAUAGAGUGGUAGGCGCGUGGGA